CUUGUCGCGGCGAGAUUGACAGUAGAGACAGCACACAACCCACAAUGGCCACGGCAGAGGUACAGUCACAGCCUUCGGGCGCUCAGUCAUUAUCGACACUCCUUGGUGAUAUCACCGCUUGUUUGUCGAACGCCGGCCCAUCACUUCCGAAGACGAAGAAGGAAGCACCCUCCGACGUGACCAUCGAACCCCCGCAAGAUGGGAUAUCCCUGCUGGACACGAAGAGCGAUAUCCUGCUCUCUUAUAUACAAAAUCUGGUGCUCCUGAUGAUCUGUCAGCUACGCGAGCUCUCCCCCAAAGAGCGCGACUCGAAGAGCCAAACCAAUGAUUCUAAUGAUGCCUCAUCCCUCCGCGACGAUAUCGUCAAGAAACUGGUUGAGCUGAGGGUGUACUUGGACCGUGGUAUUAGGCCUUUGGAGGCACGACUCAAGUACCAGGUGGAUAAAGUGGUCAAAGCAGCGGAAGAUGCUGAAAGAGCUGAGCGCACUGCCAAGGCAACCAAGACCCGCGAAGGGAAGAGAGAAAAGGCUGGAUCGGACGAGUCAGGCAGCGAUCGCGCUGACAGCGAUGCCAGUGGUAGCGAAAGUGAAGAGGAGGAGGACAUUGAUGAAAUGGCUUAUCGGCCGAACAUCUCCGUCUUCUCCAAGUCCGUCGAACGGUCCGAGAAACAAUCAACAAAAGCUACGAGUAAAUCUACUAGCGAUGGCAUUUACCGACCUCCCAAGAUCAAGCCGACUGCUCUACCAGACCUUGACCGACGUGAGAGGGAAUCCCGUCGUCCUCGCAAGUCGAACGUUAUCGAUGAAUUCGUCAGCACCGAGAUGUCGUCGGCUCCCAUGGCUGAACCCAGCAUUGGUAGUACCAUCCAGAGAGGCGGCAGGAGCACGAAGACUCAGAAAGAGAGACAACUGGAGAUGGAGCGGAGAGAAUACGAGGAGACCAACUUCGUCCGAUUACCAAAGGAAAGCAAGAAGGAACGUGCGAAACGGCGCGCUCAGUUUGGUCGCGAGGGCGGAUUCGGAGGAGAGGAAUGGAAAGGACUGGGUGAAGGAGCCGAUCGGAUCGAGCGACUCACGCGGCGGGCGAAAGGCAGUGGGAAUGUCCUGGAGAAGAGUCGUAAAAGACGACUCACAGAAGACGGCCCUCGCGGCGAUGGCGCAGGGAUCGGUCAGACUUUCGAGAAACGGAGGAAGAAGAUCGAGAGCUGGAAGCGAUGAUGGACUGUCUGACUGCGCAUACUUUCAAUAUUUUUCUUAUUUCGCAAAAAGCAUUCUUUGUUGCGGGCUGAGAUAUGGAUAAGCUAUGUUUCUCUAUCGCAUUAUCAUCUGGAGUUUCAGCAUUUCUGUCGAUCGCCCUUGAUACCUUACAGUACAUAGUCAUCAAUACCAAUAAAAAGCAGUCAUGAUAUUUUAUUACGAUCUCUGUGCCUCUAAUCUUAACUCUCCCUUGCAGAGUAACUAAAGAGCA